AUGAAAGAAGAUUUAAAUAAUAAUAAUAACAAUAUUAAUAAUAAUAAUAAUAUUAUUAAUAAUAAUAAUAAUAAUAAUAAUAAUAGUAAUGAUAAUAAUAAUGAUAAUAAUAAUAAUGAAAUACUAUUUUGGAAAGUUUUUCGAAAUAUUUUUUUGAAAUCUAAAAUUUUUAAAAUAAUUAUUAAUAAUUCAAAAUUUAAAAUUGGUAUUUAUCAUUAUGAUGAAAUCAAUAAAACAGAGUGGAUGAUUCAAAAUGGUCAUUUAAAUUUAUUAUGGGAUAAAGUUGUAAUUAAAAAAGAAAAAAGUUUAGUAUUUGAUUGUACUUUUAAAAAAUUAAUUGAUAAAGUAAAUAGAAAAUAUAAAUUAAAAAAUGAAGAAAUGAAUAUAUAUUAUCAAUAUUCAAUUUUCAGUGUAUUUAAAGAUAAUUUAGAAUUCUUUAGAAACUUAUUUACAAACUAUCCACAAUACUAUCAAAUACCAUACACAACCCAUGAAGAUUUAGUAAGAUUCUCUUUAGAAUAUGAUAAUAUAGCGUUAAUAACAAUUUUAAUUCAAGAUUAUAAUUAUAAACCAUCAUAUGAAGUUCUACAACAAUCAAUUGAAAUUGGGUCAAUAAAAGUUGCCAAUUAUUUAUUUAAUUAUUUUAAUAGUAGUAAUAAUAGUAGUAGUGAUAUUAUGAAUGAUGAAAAACUUUGGAGGAUUGUGUUAGACUAUAAUUCAAUUGAUGAUAUUAGAAUUUUAAAUAAAAGAGUGGAUUUUUUUAUAAAUAAAUUGGGAUUAAAAGUACCACAAACAUUAAAGAUGUCUACAUCAUCAUCAUCAUCAAAAUCAAUGAUUAGAUUAUUCAAAAUAGAUAUUUAUAGAGAACCAAUUGAAACGAUAAUAGAUUGUUGUAAAACUGUGAUUUAUUUAAGAGAAUUAUUGGAACCAUUAAUUUCAAAUUAUGAACCACGUGGGCGAUUUAGAAUGGUUGAUAGUGAAUUAUUGAAAUCUUUUAAAUGGUUAUCAAUUGAAGAAAUAAAUGAAAUUAAUGCAACGUUUUCAAGUAAAGAUAAAGAAAAAAUAAGUGGUAAAGUUAAUAUUGGCGAUGACAGAAUUAAAAGGUUAUAUAAUUUAUUAAUAUUAUUUUCAUCACCUUGUAAAAUCCAAGGAAAUUAUUCAUUUUAUCGUGCUAAAUAUUUCAAACAAUUUAAAUUACCCGAUUUUCCAUGUCAUUAUUUUGGAAAUUUCUCAAACCCAAUUGGAAAUAACAUUUUAAUUAAUUCAAGCUUUUUUUAUUGUGAAAAUGAUAAGGAGUCAAUAUCAGAUUAUUGUGAUAAAGCAAUUGAAUAUAUUAGACCAUCUGUUAAUAUUUAUUAUUCUAGAAGUUUCUCAAGUGAUCAUUUAAAAGAUAUUUUUAAAAGAGAAAAUCUAUUUUGUAAUUGUUUAAUUCAAGACCUUCUUAAAGUUAAACAGGUUGAAAUUGCUGAAAAUUUUAUAAGCAAUAUUAACAAAAUUUUUCAAUUUGAGUUAUCUUUCUCGAUAAAUGUGCAAACUAAAACAAAUGUUUCAAAAGAGGUAUUUGAUUUUAUUAUUAAACAUUAUUUUAAAGAUAAAGAUUGUGAUUUCAUUUUCGAUAGUUUAAUUGGCACUAAAAGUUUAGCAAAAAGUAAUUUCUAUUUACUAUUUUAUUUAAAUGAAAACUAUUCAAAUGAGUUUGGAAAUUAUUUAAAACAAAAUUCACAUCUACUUUUAGAUAUAUGGUUAAAAAUCCCAUCAAAUGUAAAUAUUACAGAUAUUAAAUGGUUGAUUGAUAUCACUAAAAAUUCAAAAAUCUCAAAUUUAAAUAUUAGAACACCAAGUAUUCUUUCAAAUUCUUAUUUAGAACUAAUCGAUUAUUUAAAUAAUGAAAUGAAUAAGCCACCAAGUAUUCUUUCAAAUAGUUCAUUACCUUGCUUAUUAUCAGCUAUUCAAUAUUUGAAAGCAAAUGGUAAAUUUGAAUUUUCAAAAGAGAUUUUAAAUUCAUUAAUUAUUGAAACUGGUAAUUUUAAUAAUAUUUUCAAAUCAUUAUAUAAAGAAAUGGUAAUUAGAAAUGAUUUCAAUUCCAUAUCAUUACUUAUUGAAAAUCAAGAAUUUAGUAAAAACAACAUUUUCAAAAAGAAAUUAUUAUUGAAAAUGGUUGAAUAUGGUAAAAAUGAACUUUUGGAAAAGACAAUUAAUAUUUUUGAAAAAUCAAUUAAUCAAACUUCUAUAAUUGUUCUUUUAAUGAAUGCAUUUAGAAUUGGUAAUAUUGACCAACUAUUAUUUUUAUCAAAAACAUUUAAUUAUAAAAUUUCAAAAAAUUUAUUUGGUAUGAUUAAACUUGGUGAUUAUCUACCAUUAACAAAUAAUAAUCAUUAUUUAUAUCAAUAUAUUAAUGAUAAAUAA